UAGGAUCCCCGUUCCUUCUAGAUUGGGUAACGGUGCGUGACGUCAGGCGCUGGCGCAAGCGUCAAUUUUCUACGUCAUGACCCUGCGACUUCGUCACGUUGGUUAUCCUGGCACUUCAUUUGUAGGAGUGCAGUCAGGAUCUUCUGAGUCUUGACUGGGUGGAGGAGGCGGAGAAGAAGAUGAAGAGCAGACUUUGGGAGCCAUUGAGUGGUGCUUGGUGGUGGAGUGGCUGAGUCUAGUUGUGCUUGGUGGAGGGAGGUAGAGUAUGUUAUUUGGGAGAGUUGUCUUCUACUUGGAUGGAAGCAUGUUCUCUUCCACAGAAGAUGGUACCCUUGAAGUAUGAUAAUGGAAAAGGGGAUAAGCUCAGUAGAAAUUUCACCCUCCAAAUCUUCUCAUGCUGCUGCAGUAAGGGUGUUGGCGAAAGAACAUGAAACAAAGCAGUCUCAGAAAGUGAGACGAGUGGGAUUUGUUCUUGUACAUGCAGGUGCAGGGUAUCAUUCUGAAUCCAAAGCCAAAGAAUAUAAGCAUGUGUGCAAAAGAGCCUGUCGGAAGGCAAUUGAAAAACUACAGGCUGGGGCUCUUGUAACAGAUGCAGUGACUGCAGCACUAGUUGAACUAGAGGACUCUCCCUUUACAAAUGCAGGAAUGGGAUCUAAUCUAAAUCUUUUGGGUGAAAUAGAAUGCGAUGCCAGUAUUAUGGAUGGAAAAUCACUAAAUUUUGGAGCAGUUGGCGCUCUCAGUGGAAUCAAAAAUCCUGUGUCGGUUGCAAAUAGAUUGUUAUGUGAAGGGCAGAAGGGGAAACUCUCUGCUGGCAGAAUUCCACCCUGUUUUUUAGUUGGCGAAGGAGCCUUCAGAUGGGCAGUGGAUCAUGGGAUACCAGCCUGUCCUCCAGGGUUCAUGGCUACCAGACUUAGCUUAGCAGCUUUUAAGAGGAACAAGAGGAAACUGGAACUGGCAGAAAAGGUGGAAACGGAUCUUUUUCAGUUGAAGAAAAGACGACAAUCAAGUGAAAAGGAGAAUGACUCAGGAACGCUGGAUACAGUUGGAGCAGUUGUUGUUGACCAAGAAGGAAAUGUUGCUGCUGCGGUAUCCAGUGGAGGUUUAGCCUUGAAACAUCCUGGAAGGGUUGGUCAGGCAGCUCUUUAUGGAUGUGGUUGCUGGGCUGAAAACACAGGAAUUCACAACCCAUAUUCUACAGCUGUGAGUACCUCAGGUUGUGGAGAGCACCUUGUACGGACCUUACUGGCCAGAGAAUGUUCAUGUGCUUUGCAAAAUGAAGAUGCUCAUCAGGCUCUGCUAGAAACUAUGCAAAACAAGUUUAUCGGUUCACCUUUUCUAGCCAAUGAGGAUGGUGUUCUAGGAGGAGUUAUAGUUCUUCGAUCUUGUAGAUGUUCUGCAGAGCCCGACUCCUCACAUGAUAAGCAGUCUCUCCUAGAGUUCCUGUGGAGUCAUACAACAGAGAGCAUGUGUGUGGGAUAUAUGUCUGCACAGGAUGGCAAAGCUAAGACUCACAUUUCAAGGCUUCCCCCUGGAGCGGUGGCAGGGCAGUCGGUGGCAAUUGAAGGAGGAGUUUGCCGGUUGGAGAGCCCAGCAAGCUGAACAGCUACUCAUCUGGUCAGCAAAAGAGAGCAGAGGCUAUUUUGUAUAAUAAGCUCCUUUGUGUUUUUACAGAUGUUGAAAAUUUUAUCCUUGUUGUAUACUCCUUAUUGCAACCACGUGCACCCUAACUUGAAACAAGUGCUGCUGUAGCUUUAUAUUCUUACACUUAAUGUGAAUGUAUAUGAGAAUUUGUCUCCCAGUGGAAUAGAAACUCGGUUCCCAGUUGUGCAAAUAAAGAUAAUGUAGGCAUAAUUUAAUGUUACAAAAACCUUUGUAUCUGUUAAUUGAUUAGCAUAUAAGGCAACAAUACCCGGAAAUUCCAUGGGGGGAAUGCUUAAAAAUUGUGUGGUGGCAAAUGUUGUUUUGCAUUGAGGAGCUACAGGCUUCAGAGCUAGUUAGAAUACAAAAGCAAUUGAAUGCCCUUUAUAUUAUUUAAUGGUUUCAGUGGGUCCAGUAGUAACUUAAACGUGCUCUUCUUCCCCAAGUGUGGGCCGCAGAGUGGUUGGUUUCAGUGAAACAAUCACUGAAACAAUCGAAGAGUGGUUGAUUUCUGUAAAACAAUCUAGGACAGGAUUAUAGCCUGAUGUGUUUUUGUGUUUUUCUUAAUUAUUCAGUUGGUGAUACUUUUUUCCUGGGCUUUAGUGUUGCAUAGCUUCAAGCUGUUAGAUAUUAUGAAAGACUCUGUAAAAAUAACAUACAGUCAUAAUGUCUUUACUUUGUGUAUAAUGAAAUAUCUGAAUGUAAAUAAGAACAAAGUUUAUGGAAAGAGUCAAUAUUAUUCUUUGGUUUUAAAUAUAUUUUUAAGAGAAUUUUGUCAAAAAAAAAAGCUAUUACUGGAUGAAUAAUUAAAUUCAUUACAUGAUGGAAGAGGAUCCUAAAUGUACCCUUUAGUUCCUUAAAUUCCAAAUUUAUAGCGAAGGUGUAUAAAUGUUUGCAAUUAUAUUUACAUGUUAUGCAUGUACUUACAAGUGGCCUUUUGAACAGCGAAAAUGUAUGGUAAUACAUAGUUAAUGUCCCUGCUUUUGUUGUGGGUGUGAGUUCAUUUAUCCUAUGAUUAUGUUUCAGGACCUUUUAAAAAGCUUUAUUGUUUUUAUGUUUACAAGGAUAUAAUGACUACCGAAGAGUUGUGUUUAGUACCUUGUGAACUGUCCAAAUGGAAUAAGAGAAGUUCAUUGGGGUGUGUUUUUAUGUGUUAAGACGGUGUAUACUCCCUUUAGAAAUACCUGCUCAGUUACCUUAAAGCAUAUUUCUAAUCCCACAAUAGACUACUUGUCCUCUAUUAGUGUGCUACUCCUCUGUUUUCAUAUAACAUUUGAAAGGAAACAUAAUUAAAUACUGUUUUUAAUCAGG